AUGAAACUCUUAUUAUUUUUCAUUUGUUUAGUUGCUACAAGUAGUGCGGCUAUAUUGGGGAUAGACUAUGGUCAGCAAUUCACCAAAGCUGUCUUAUUGGCACCAGGAAUUUCAUUUGAAAUUGUGCUUACUGAUGAAGGCAAGAGAAAGGAUUUAUCGGGAAUUUCGAUUAGAGAGAACGAUGGUGGAUUAGAGAGAGUCUUCGGAUCUGCCACUGGAUCGUUGUGUACCAGAUUUCCUCAGUCAUGUAUCAUGGGAUUGAAGCCACUUUUAGGGAAAUCCGUCAAGAGUGCCGAAACACAACUGUUUUUGGGACGUAACUUUGGCGUGAAGUUAGCUGGAGAUGAUUCUAGAUCUGAUGCUAUUAAGGUUGAUUUGGGACUUUCUAACGAUUCUUAUAAGUUUGCAAUUGAAGAAGUUCUUGCCAUGAAUUUGCACGAACUCAAAGCUAGAGCUUUGAACGACUUGGAAGAUAAUGCAUUGGCAAAGCCUAUUGUUGAAGAUGUGGUAGUCUCUGUUGCACCAUUUGCAUCACACGAAACUAAACAAGCAUACUUGGACGGAUUGAAAUUGGGUAAUUUUUCCAAUGUUUUAGGAUUAGUCGAUGAAGGGACCGCAGUUGCAUUGAAUUAUGUUUCGAGUAAAAAGUUUAAUAAAGAAGACUUGACAGGCGAAAAGGAAUACCAUAUUAUUUAUGAUAUGGGUGCUGGAUCAACAACGGCUACUUUAUUUUCAUUCACCCCCUUCACCAACGGUUCAAUUGUAUUAGAACUUGAAAGUAUUGGAUACGACGAAACGUUUGGAGGCCAGUUAUUCACCCAAUCUGUCCACACGAUCAUUUUAGAAAAGUUUUUGACCUCAUUUGAUUUAAAGGACUCAACUAAGCUCCCACCAAAGGUUUUGGCCCGUAUCUUAGAAGCGGCUGAAAAGGCUAAAAUAGUCCUUUCCAUUAAUUCUGACUAUCAUGUUUCCUUGGAAAAUCUCUAUGACGGAAAGGAUUUUAAGACAACUGUUACAAAGGACGAAUUUGAAGAAAUUAACUCCGAUUUAAUGGACCAUAUCACUAAACCCAUCAAGGAUGCAUUGAAAUCUACUUCUCCGGAAAAAUCGAUUGAAGAUAUCAAGUCAGUCAUUUUGAAUGGUGGGUCUAUGAGAAUCCCCUUUGUCCAAAAACAUUUAGCGACAUUGUUAGGUGAAAAAAGAAUUUCUAAAUCUGUCAAUGCAGAUGAAAGUUGUGCUUUAGGUACCACAUUACAGGGUCUUAAAUUAAAAACUAAAUUAGAAAAGGCAAAAGAUAUUAAAGUGAUUGAAAAGUCUUACCAUAAUUUUGAAAUUAAGAUUGAUGAUAAUGAUGAUGAUAAAUUAGUCUUCGCUAAAGGUUGCCAGAUAAACAAUAGUUCUAGGUUGAAUCUCGGUAGUCAUAAAAAGAAUAUGAAUAUUGGAUUAUAUGAAGACGGCCGUUUAAUCAAAUCAUAUAAAUUUGAUGAUUUCCUGAAAAAAGUCAAUGAUGUAAGCUGUUCUUCAAAAGAUUCUAAGCAAAUUUUUGGUACUUUUACCUUAGAUCAUAAUAAAAUGUUUGAUUUAUCUAACUUAGAGGUUGAAUGUGUUGCAAGCGAAGAAAAAGGUGGAUUUUUCCAAAAGUUAUUAAAGAAAGAAGGGGAUGCGUCAGAAGGGACCGACGAAGAGAUUGCUAAUAACGAUGGCACAAUCGACACAAAUGCCACAAAUUCAACUCAAUCAUCUACGUCAAAAUCAUCUAAGAGAAAGACAAAACCAGUUUCUAUUAAUAUUCCUAAACCGAUUUACCCUCAUAUAAAGCCUAUGUCAAGAACAACGAAAGAACGCACUUUUAAUAAGUUGGCUUAUUUAAACAGUAAAGAUGAAUCUCGUGCAGAAUUAGACCAGAUUAAGAACAACUUGGAGAGUGGAUGUUAUGAAUUACGUGCAUAUAUUGACGAUCAUCAAGACGAAUUAUUAAAAGAGAUGACCGAAGAUGAAAUAUCGAAUUAUAGCACGUUUGUUCGUGACACCAUAGAGUGGUUUGAAUUUGAUAGUGACGGAUCUUCUAUCGACGACUUUCUUAAUAAAUCAAGCGAAGUAGCUUCAAAAAAGAAAGAUUUAGAUUCCAUUGUCGAAAUGUCGAAGGUUGAUAUCUCUUUGGCUGGUAUGAAAAAAUUAUAUGAAGAUGGUACUACUAUUGCUAUGCAAGUUCAAAGCUAUAUGCUUGAAUCUGGUACUCAAAUUAGUGAAAUUAGACAAAAAUAUGAAAAAGAGAACUUCGAUUUUGAUAAGGAAAAUGAUCGUAUUAAAUUUAAGCUUUUGAGAGAAGGCGGUGAUAAGAUUAUGACCUUAGACAAGGAUUUAGCUAAAUAUAAAGAUCAUUUAGCAAAAGUUGGUGAAUUGACUUCAUUGAGCGAAUCUCAAUUUAACAAGAUACCAAAGAGAGAAGUCUAUGAAAAGUAUGAAGCGGCUACGGCUAAAAUUGUUGAGAUGUUGGCCGAUAUUAUCUUGAUCCAGGAAUCGCACAAGUCAAGAAUUGAAACAUUUAAUGAUAAAUUCGAUAAGUUAUUAGAAAGAAAGAAUAAAAAAGAAUUGAGAGAUAAAUUAAAGCAAGAAAAAGGGGCAGAAAAAGAAACAGAUAAGGAGGCAGUUGAGGAAGAAGAAGAGAAUGGCUUCAUUGAAGAAGAAUCUGAUUCUGAACCAAUUGAAUCGGAAACUAAAACCAAAUCUACAGUUAAUAAUGAAGCUGAAUCUACGGAGAAUGUUCACGAUGAAUUGUAA